UUGUCAAUUCUUUGUCAGCAAUAUAGAUUGUUAUCCCCUUAUAUCCAGUAAAUUGCCCAUUCAUCGAAAUUAUGGGGAAGACUCUUAAUCUGGGAGAUGCAGUCAAUGGCAGCACAGAGUCAAAGACUGAGUUCAGUCUACUGCGAGUUGACAAUACGUGGAGGUGUAAAAUGGGAACAUGCUCAAACCACGGCAGAGGCAACGUGUCUGCUGCCAAAAUCUUUGAGAGCGUGACAGAAAGGGGCAGUUGCUGGACGGUGGUCAGUCCCAUCGUCUUCACCUACCAAGUGGUGGAGACCCAGUGUCUGCUGGACCCCAGCAACGACACCCUCCUGCUUGGUCACAUCAGAGACACACGGCAGCUGGAGGAGCUGAGGAACAACCCCAAGCCACUGCGAAGGUUCGUGGUCAUGGACCAGGUAGUGUACAACCUCUACGCUGCCAAGUUGCGCGACUACUUAGAGGCCCGCCACGUGGUCUACAGUAUCCUACCGCUUCCCACCACAGAGGAGAACAAGUCCAUGGAGCUGGUCAUGAAGAUCCUUGACGAGGUCCAUAAGUUCUCGCUGGACCGACGCGGAGAGCCCAUCAUCGCCAUCGGUGGCGGCGUGUGUCUGGACAUCGUGGGGCUGGCCGCCUCGCUAUACCGGAGGCGCACGCCAUACAUCCGAGUGCCGACCACGCUGCUGUCGUACGUGGACGCCAGCGUGGGCGCCAAGACGGGGGUGAACUUUGCGAGCUGUAAGAACAAGCUGGGCUCCUAUGUUCCGCCAGUGGCCACCUUCCUGGACCGAUCCUUCUUCCAAACCAUCAGUCGCCGUCAGAUCUCCAACGGGCUGGCGGAAAUGUUGAAGAUGGCCCUGAUGAAGCACAGAGAGCUUUUUGAGCUGCUGGAGACACAUGGUCCAUUCCUGCUGGAUACCAAGUUUCAGUCAGAGGGCAGUGGUAAAUAUGGAGGCAAACACGGGAAGGCUGCAGUGACGUCCAGCCGCAUGGCCAUCAAGAGCAUGCUGGAGGAGCUGGCACCUAACCUCUGGGAGGACGAGCUGAACCGCCUGGUGGACUUUGGCCACCUCAUCAGUCCUGAGCUGGAGAUGGAAGUUCUCCCAACGCUGUUGCACGGCGAGGCGGUAAACAUCGACAUGUCCUACAUGGUGUACGUGUCCAGGGAGCGCGGGCUCUUGACAGAGGGCGACAAGCUAAGGAUUAUCGGCUGCAUGGAGGGCCUGGAGCUCCCCGUGUGGCAUCCGGACUUUACCAUGGAGAUGGUGAACAGGUCAUUCCAGAACCGGCUCAAGCACUCGGGAGGCCUGGCCAGAAUGCCUCUGCCCAUCAGCCUGGGUCGCGCAGAUAUAUUUAACGACACGACGGAUGAAGUCCUCUGCAAAGCUUUCAAGAAAUGGUGUGAUGAGCUGGGUACAUCGUCAAAGACUCUGAUCUGAUUACCUCGUCAGUGUUUCCUCUAGAAUUGUUUACAGGCCUGGUGCUAUGCACCGUAAAAUAAACGAACGAUGUACGCGUUUUGUGAAGAGAAGACAUUCAUUUUAUACGAACCAACAUCGAUUAUUUUAAUCACAAAUAUAUCGGUUUAACCAAUCUCAUUCGGGUAUCUCUAUCAUAGUAACUUACAGGCCAGUGUUUACUUGUAAUUAGGUACGGGAAUAUAGGUCUAUUGAUAGCAUGACAAUGUGCAGUAUCGCAACUCUGGCUUUUUGGAUACCAACUUUCUAUGAAAAGGUUGAUAGCCUAUUUUAGUUGUUAAACUGGGAAACUUACGUCUCCAAAACAGCCCCUCAUCGUAAACCCCCUCAUCCGCCAACAGCCAUUAGCUUCAUUAUGAACACAAAGUAAAAGAAGAUUCAAGUUUAAUUGAAUCCUCUAAAUACAUAGGAUAUCAUGGUGAAAGGUAAGAGCAUAAGCUUGCCUUCACUAGCCUAUGUAAAUUAUACCGUCAGUCUUUUCACCGGUGGGAUUAUUAUAGGAAUAUAGUGCAUAUUUACAUCACGGCUGAUGUAAACAGUUUUAAAUGUGCAGGUACACUUUAUUGUUUAUCAGGCUUGACGUGAGAAAAGCAUUUUGUUUUGACAUGCGGGUAAGCCAAGGCGAGAAGGGCGAGAUUUACAUCCUUUAGAUUAAGAUUUGUUGUUUUGGAGAUAAAUGGGGGACUCUGUUAGCAAUAGCACUAGUAUCGAGUCAAGAUAACCCUGCAUUAUUUUGAUUUCAUUAUAUAUUUUUUACCAAUAUUAUUAAAUUGUGCGUUUUUCUUUUUUAAAUACAUGUUUGGCGGGCCUGCCAGGCCUGUACAAUUAAAGGGGACACUCUGGUCGAGAAUUGAAAGUAUUUUGCUGUGUCUGGGGACAAACUAAAAAUGGGCCACAAUGAUUUAAGGCUUCAUAAAAGCAAUUAUUAUAUUGUACCAUGGAAAUGCCUGGGAUCAUCAUAAUGUAUUUUUAAUAGUGCCAGAUAAUUGUGGCGAACACGGCUGUCGUCGCCUUGUCCAAAUGCCGCAAGGGAUCCUGGGAGGGUCAGCGGAAGCAACCGAGGCAGUCAUGGUUGUGCGGGAUAGGAGGUUUUUCGUGUGUGUGGUGUGUUUUAAAUAAAGGCAACCCCCGGGUUGAUGCGGUCUAUGGGGCACAAGUUUCAAACUGCUUUUUCCCGGGCUCCCGUCUGGUCAUUCCCGGUCUGCUCGCCACAGUAAGUUUUAUCAACUUCAGUUGGAAAUCACUGCAACCUAACCUUCCCAUGAAUAUGUAAUGUUUAAUAUUUCACAAUUUCAUGUAUUUGCAAUAAGGAUUUACCUUGGUAGCCUACUUUCUUUAUUUGCAAAAUGUUCCAUGUUUUCUGAAGCAAACCUUUUCUUCACGGUAUCAGAUUAUUUUAAAUUUGAAAGUUAACGCUUGUUUCUCGAAAUAUAUUUUGAAAUAUAUGUAUUUUUUAAUCUUUUACAAAAUGUACAAGUUUAGCAAAUGAAAAAUGUGUACAAUGUAUUGCCGUAUUAUUGGAUGCCCCCUAGAGGUAAUUCAAAGAAAUUGUAAAAGGGAAUAUAAUAGGGGAUCUAUUAUAGCCAACGACUAAAAACAAGUUUACAAAUUAAUCUUUUAGUAGCAAUAAUGCCUGCAAAAACAUAAUGAUCCAUGUAUUGUGUUUUUGAAUUAGCAGCAAUCAUGAAUCUUUGAAAAUAAAGCUAUC